CUCGACUACUUCGUACCACCGACCGUACACAGUACGUCCGUACAACUCGUCUACGGAGUAACUACUCCGCUGUAAUUAUCAAUUUGGCAAGUUCCCGCGCUGACCGCUCCUGCACGUCCCAUGUAGUUCGCUGCCUACAAGCUUGGUCCCUUCAAGGAACUUUUAACAUUCUUCCAUCAGACAGGACGACUGUGCUCGAGUAAACUACCGGCGCAAUGUCCCCGAGGUCGGAGCGCACGCCGCUCCUGGCCGACAGCCCUCGCAACUCGGAGGAGUCGACUCGCGCCGCCGAAGAAGAAGAUGCUGCCCUGCAUGGGGGCAACGCCGCCGCGACCCUCUCCUCGUCUAAUGAACACCGCCGCGGCGUGCGGGAGGUGCUCCUCUUCGUCUGGGCCGUCAUCGCCACCGCCGGCGUCAUCGUCCUCGCCGUGAUCCUCCAGCACCGCAACGCAACUUCGGGCACGCCCUCGCCGAUCUCUCCCAGCGACCCCUCCGCCGGCGGACCCUACACCGCGACGACGACGACGACGACGACGACCACCACCACCACCACCACCACCACCACCACCAACACCGACACGAAUGCCGGACUCCACUCCAAGAAACGCAACCUCAUCUUCAUGGUCUCGGACGGGAUGGGCCCGGCGUCGCUGAGCCUGACGCGCUCCUUCCGGCAGCACGUCCAGUCCCUGCCCGCGUCGGACGUGCUCACGCUCGACGCCCACUUCUGGGGCACGUCGCGGACCCGGUCGACCAACUCGCUCGUCACGGACUCGGCCGCGGGCGCGACGGCCUUCUCGUGUGGCCGCAAGAGCUACAACGGCGCCAUCGCCAUGCUCGACGGCCACCGCCCCUGCGGCACCGUCCUCGAGGCCGCCAAGCGCAAGGGCUUCCGGACCGGCCUGGUCGUCACCACCGACGUGACCGACGCCACCCCGGCCUCCUUCGCCGCCCACGUCGACGUGCGCUGGCAGAUGGACGAGAUCGCGCUGCACGAGGUCGGCGCCGGCCCGCUCGGCCGCUCCGUCGACCUCAUCCUGGGCGGCGGCCGGUGCCACUUCCUCGGCAACGGCACGCGCGGGAGCUGCCGGAACGACGACGUCGACGUCCUCGGCCUCGCCCGCGACCGGUUCGGCUGGGCCUUCAAGGGCGACCGCCAAGGGUUCGACGAGCUGCAGCUCGGCAGGAACGCGACCCUGCCGCUGCUCGGCCUCUUCGCCGACGCCGACGUCCCCUUCGAGAUCGACCGCCGCAACAUGGCCGACGUCUACCCGAGCCUGAGCGAGAUGGCCACCACGGCCCUGACGGUGCUCGACGAGGCGACCAAGCACGCCGACCACGGCUUCUUCCUCAUGAUCGAGGGCAGCCGCAUCGACCACGCCGGCCACUUCAACGACCCCGCCGCCCAGGUCAGGGAGGUGCUCGAGUACGACAAGACGUUCAAGAUCGUGCUCGACUAUCUGGCCAAGUCGGACACCGAGGGUGUCCUGGUGGCCACCAGCGACCACGAGACCGGCGGUCUAUCUACCGCUUGGCAAGCCCCUGGCGAGGCCCCCGUCUACGACUGGUACCCGGCCGUGCUGGCCAAGGCCAACGCCUCGGCCGAGCACCUCACACGGCUCCUCAACGAGCACGUGGCCGCGAACCCGGGCGAGUCAGAGCAGUCGCUCAAGGAUUGGAUCAACAAGGAGCUGGUCGUGGGCCGCCUCGGCAUCACGGACGCCCUCGAGACGGAGCUCGCCGCCCUCGCGGCCGACCCGGCCGGCGCCAACCCGGUCUUCUGCCGCAUCGUCAGCACCCGCGCCCACAUCGGCUGGAGCACCCACGGCCACAGCGCCGUCGACGUCAACAUCUACAGCUCCGGCGGCCCGGCCGCCGAGAAGAUCCGCGGCAACGUCGAGAACACCGACAUUGGCAAGUUCCUCAGCGAGUACCUCGACGUCGACGUCGACGCCAUUACCAAGGAGCUCGAGGGCAAGUUUGCCGCCCGGCGCGGUGGUGCCGACGCCACGGCCGAGACCAAAACCGGCGCCGCGGCCGAGGGUUUUGCCCUGUUGAGCGGGCAUCGCCCCGCGGCCCAGUGAUUUGAAUGACUGCAGGACAGGAUUCGGAUGGGUUCUAGAUGGGGUUCUAGAUGGAGUUCUAGAUGGCGUGCGGGAGGUUUUAUGGGGCGAGCGUUGGCGCUGGAAAUGGGAACGAAGGUUAUGCAUUGCAUCAGCCGGGCGAAUCACACCACGUGGGACAUGUUUAAGUUGUUUUUAAGUUGGUGCUAUUCUCUCUCUCUCUCUCUCUCUCUCUCUCUCUCUCUCUCAUUCAUCUACAGUGCAUCACAUCUAGCAUCGCUCAACCGCCCAGGAGCUCGUUUGUUGUCACCUACCUACAUAUGUUUCCCCCUGCCCGUCCACACCGUCGGUUUCCUGAGCCAAAACAACAAGACAUGCCCCGCGCCGGGCUACGUAGGUCGAUCCAAAACCGUAAUUGUUACCAGCUGCGAGUGGUAGCAGAGCGUCUGAACCCUUGAACCCUCCGUGAUUUGCGGGAUUGCCCCUGCCGCCGCCGGUGUUGGUCCGCCUGAGAGGUCUGACAGGUGGCGGGCCACCGCUGCUUCUGAUGGGCUGUUGGGCGUUGAGAGUGCGGUAGGAGGAGGAGGAGCCGGUACCGGAGCCGGACUGUGUGGUUGGGACUGUUACGGAACCGGCACGGCUGAAGAGGGCUGCGAAGUGGCUGAUGGGAACACGAACUGGGUGAUACGAGACAAAUCUCAAAAGGAGACACGGUCUUUUUUUUUUUUUUUUUUCC